GUCACCAAGCGGAUCAAGUAAAAAUGUUCUUCAAAGCCUCGACUCUUCUGCUGGUCUUCGUCGCGCUGGCCGCCGCAGCGCCCAGCUCCGACAUCGCCUCUUCCACCAGCCUGAUCGACUUCAUGCUGCAAUCGAAGAGCCUGCGAACGGCCACCACUCUCAAUCUGGACUGCUUCGACUGGUACCUGCCCAUCCUUAAGGGACACUCCGACCAGUACGAGGCGGAUUAUAAGGUCUGCGCCGAUAGGUUCAAUGCCUCCAAAUGGCUGAUCGACACCAGCUACAGCAUCGCCCGCAAUGGAAUUAGCUCCAAGGCAAAGGAGACCUGUGACGCCCUGGAGCGUUGCGAUUACGAGGUGGAAAACUCCAGGGCCUUCGAGUGCUUUGCCGCGACCGCUUCCGAGCAAUCGGCUAUUCUGACGACCAUUGGCCAGAAUGCGACCGACUUCAACAAACAGCUGCUUGCGGAGCUCGCUCUCGUCGACUCCGAUCUGGAUACGUGCCAGACCAAGGCCGAGAGGGCGUACAAGGAAAGUUCUGGGGCCACCUUUGACGAGCUGAGUGCCUGCUUGGAAGACGAGGACUGGGCCCAGCCCACCACCACCGUGUCCAAUUCCAAAUUGAACCAGCGUAUAAAUACGGGCAUCGGUGAUCGAUGUCAGACAAGUUCUGUGCCCAACAUGUAUCAGAAGUCAUCCCCGAUCGUGGUGCUCGCCCUGUGCCUGAGCAUUGCCCUGGCCGCCCGUCUCCAGGCGCCCGCCCACAAGACGCAGGCCCACAUCCAGGAGCUGAAGGCGGAGAGCCAGGACCUGGCCAGCGCCCAUAGCCAGGCGUCAAACCUGUGCUUCAGCAACUACCUACCCAUUCUGGAUACCAUCAACGCCGCGUACGAGACCGAUUUCGAGGCCUGCAUCACCACCUAUGAGAAUGCCAGUGCCGCAAUUGAUGCCAAGUACACUUCCGAUUUCCAGGAUAUCGUGAAUAGUGCCGAGAACUCGUGCAGAGAGCUACAAAAGUGUCAAUAUUGGUCAUAUUCGAAGAUGCCCCUCGAGGAUGUGUUGUCAGGACUCGAUUGCGCCACCACUGUGGCUGCCGACGAUGCCAAGGUCUUUUACAACAUCUCGAACACGGCAACGGAGCUGGGUGCUAGGAUCCAGGGCGACUAUCAAAUUAUCGACGGUAAGAAGGACCUGUGCGUGAACGAAGCGGAGCGGACAUAUGUGGAGGGCACGACCAACACCUAUGAGCAGUUGAAUGCCUGCUUAAGGGGCGAUAUCGUAGUUGGUCUUCCAACAUUGGCUCCAGCAACAACAUGGGCCCCAUCAGAUACGACAAAAUAUUUAUAAGCCUAAAAAACAUAUACUUGUAAAUUAAAUGAAUAAAAACCUCAGGGCAAAUCUAA